AUGCAUGUCUCACUCAUGCAAAAGCUUCCGAUGCCACAGGUAUCGAACUUCUUUUACCCGUUCAACACUAGCCUUGAAGAGGAAAUCAAAAGAUUAUUCGCCAAUUUCACGGUCGAAACACAAACUACACCUCUUCCGAACGUUGAAGAUGUAAUGGAGGAGUUCCGUCAUAAUGGCCGCGAUUUUGAAUACUGUCCAGAUUUGGACAAUGGUACAAUGCCAGAAAUGACACAGCGCCGCAAGAAAAAUAAGAAACCGUUGCCUACAGAAUGCGUUUUCUGUAGAAACAAUGGUGAACAGGAGGCUUACUACAGGGAACACUUGCUGAAAAACGCUGAUGGUCUCAUCUCUUGUCCAGUCUUGAGGGCCUACACGUGCCCAAAGUGUGGUGCGACUGGAGACUUCGCCCACACGGUCAAGUAUUGCCCCAAGAGCCCGAAGUAUCCCGAAACAUUGGCGACGGUAAACUCGUUCAAGCUAUCGAGAAACUCGAUGGGCAGACGACGCGUUAAGUACAACGCAUGUGGCAUGCAACCACGUGUCACCAUCGUUGGUUAUAUGCCAUAA